UUUGCGCACCCUUUUUUUAAAUGAUAAAAAUACAUUUUAAGGCAGAUUUCGAUUUUUGAGCAAUUCAAGUUGAACACAUAUGCAAUCUCACGCCCACGAACAGCUAUGGAACGCACAAGCAAAUUCGUCAAUGAAGGAGGACUUACUUUUUACGAAGGAAAACGAUUUAGCGACUUUUGUUUGAAGAUAGUGGGAGAAGUGCACAAUGUACACACCAAAGAACAUGUUUUAUCUGGAGAAGGACAGUGGCUUGUAAGCGCAACUGGUUUUGUGUUCUCUUCCCAAUUUACGAGAGAAAUUACGCUGACUGCCAGUUGCUUUGACGGGAAAAGGCAAUUGCUCGAUGCACUCAGGUCAAAGUUUCCUGGAGGAACUCUGAACUUGGAGACCCAUGUUAGCAACAGCAUGAUCUUGACCUACUGGCAAUCACUUCUGGAGGACUACAGGAAUGUUUUUAACGAAACCGAUGAUGCUACAGCGAGAGUGGUCUAUGGUACUCAACAUUUUGGUUAUCAAAACAUUCCAAAUUCGGCUAAUUAUUGGUUUCUUGAGCCCGGGCUUCACAUCGAGGACAAUUGUAUUUUACGGGACAGUGCAUAUAAAGUCCUAGACAUGUCAGGCCGGGAUGCUUUGUUCCACUACGCAACCACAAUUGAUCGGCAUCUUUUAAAGAUGGAUCGACUGCUCGAAGCGACAAAAAGGCUUUUAGAUUUGUCUUCUUACUUUGAUGUAAACGAGCAUCCUUUUAAGAUGUCGCUAUCAUUUGUCGCAACAAGAAUCCUUCGAUCGUCCAAAGAUGACGAGAAAUAUGGUGAAAGUAAUUUGGGAUUGAUAUUCUCUGAGGAGAGAAAUUGCGGGAAGACUCUGACGUUACGUCUGAUUGCCAAAUUUCAGGGAAUUGCCCAAAGUCGUCACCCACUACUAUUAUCAGGUGGGAAUCAGAACACAUCUGGCACAUCUGGAAAAAUGGCAUUGGAGAGUUUAAGCAAAUCGUCCUUGGUAUCCUUACUUGACGAUUCAAUAAUCAACCAGAAUCUGGGUGAAUUUUUGAACCAGGUGCAGGGUGGUCUGGCGCAGGGUUCAUCCAAAUCUGGUCUUUUGUACCCGAAAGGAAGCUUACUACUUUCCAGCAAUAAAAAAGAAGUACAAAGGUAUAAAUACAUGAAAUGCCAAUGUAUACAAUUCAAUCAAUGUACAACAACGCAUAUUAUACGAGUUAAGGAAAUCACUGCUAAAGUUUACAUGAUUCUUUAUCAGGGUAUUCUGGUUGCAUGGUGCAUGCGAUUUCUUCCUAUCUAUGAAGAGAUAAUAGAAUCGUAUUUUGAAGAUGUGAAAUGCAUUCUGAAGGCGCAUUUCAAUACAGGAUGUCAAAUGCGAUGGAUUAAAGGUGUUGCAUAUAACCUCAUUACGUACACAAUGAUACAUGCAUCUGCUCAGAAACAUCCCGACCUAACAAAUGCCAUCACCAUGGUCAUACAGGGAAACAUGAGUCGUUCUGCGGAAAAGUCUACUAUACAAAGAUUAAUGGUGGAUAUUUAUUCACUUAUUCUGCAGUCAAAAUCGAAAGAUGUUUCUUGUUUGACAUGGAUAAAUCCACUCCCAAAGGUCCAAAUUACAGAAAACGGAUCGUGGGAGAAAGCCAUUUGCAUCAAGACGGUCAUGAUAGGAGAAAUGCAAAACGUUUCUUGGACGGAAGUAAAACAAGAAAUACAGAGUUCCACAGUAAACGGCUGGGAACAGAGAAGCAUUUGUUUCGCAAAAGGCAGCAACGCAAACCUCGCUGACGUGCGCUCUAAAAGGAAUUCAACGCUUGUAACAACUGGACAAGGGUUCAAAAUCCCACAGAAGUUAUUGGACCCUCUUUUUAUCGAGUGGGUAAAUUUUGUUACUGGUAAUAACGGUCAGCUGCAGCCAGACGUGGACUUUAUCGAAGCGCUGACAAACAAAGAAGAACACGGAGAUGACAUGGAAAGAAAUUUGGAGAAAGAUGAGGCAGACACGGUCCGUUCCAUAGAACAAGAGAUCGUGGAAAAAGUGUCAGAUUAUUGUGAUAGGAUCAGGCAAGGAUAUCACAAUACAAAUGACGACGUACCUUCAUCGCCGUCAAAUGCGCAAGACUAUUCACAAUUUUUGUCACCUGAAUCAAAGAAAUUGUACAACAGAUUCACCCCGAAACGGUUAAAGGCUUUUGACAUGGCUGUUAAAGCAGUAGAACGAGCAAGCCGGUUAUUAAGUGAAGAGCCAACAGCACAUGAUCGUACGAUAGAUACUGCGAUAGAUACUGCAUCAGGUUCAGGUAUUAAUCAAACACCCAUCCCGAGUAAUAGUGAGGUAAACCCAAAGAGGAAACUGCUAUUCGCGCAAGGAGCAUUUGGGGUUAUGAACGAUAGCACUGAAGGUAUAAUACAUGCUAGGAUUUUAUACGUUAGCAGUUUUAAGUAUAAUUGA